AUGUCGACUUUGACCAGAGCUUUUACCAAGCGCAGCAAGCGCCCUGAGGUCUCUGCGCCCAUGCCCUACCGUGAGGGUCAGAUCAAGUUCUCCUCGGGUACGAUCAAGCGGGGGAACAUCUCGGGCCCAGUCCAGUUGCUUUCGACGACGAAUAUGCUGGCCUACAAUGCGCCUGACCUUCACUCCGCUACGUCUUCCUCGACUUCUUCGUUGCAAUCACCAGACGAUUCGGAAUUGUCCUUCUCCCAGCACAGCUUUGGUUCUCCCAUUACCACGCCUGAUGAAUCGCCAAUCGACGUAAGCCCGCACCCGUCUUACUUCCCCAAGCGGUCGGCUACUGUGACCAGUGUUCCUCGCUCGUCCACCUCAUCUACAGAUGCACCAUUGGUUCCCAAGCGAGCAUUGUCUCAUACCAAACGAUCCCACCAAGAACUCGCUCGCCAGCGCUCUUUGACACGACUGUCUCCCCCACCAUUGAGUGCGGCUCGCAGCACCCCUUCAAGCCGAGCAACACAUGAUUCGUUCAAAGCUGAGGCUCAUCCGUUCGGCAAGGAGCUGGAGCAGGUCAACGAAGUGGCUGAAGAGUUUGGGGGUGCUCAUAUACUGGAUGACGAGGAGAUGAUUCUGCGAAACAAAGGACUCAAGAAAUUUACCGUCGACGAGUACCUGGUAGAGAUUCAAGAUCUCCACGGCAGUAUCUUCGACAAUGAACUGGGGCCAAUUGCCGCCGGACCCUGGCUGUAA